GUGAGCAGGGGGGAUGUGGAGGAGAAAGCUGCAGAUUUCUGGCAAGACUAAGAGGUCGAGCAGAAAAAGCAUUGUUGUGGCUGAAAAAACAGAAGUGCUGAGUGAAGAUCUGCUGCAGGUGGAGAAACGUCUGGAGCUGGUGAAGCAGGUUUCCCACAGCACACACAAGAAGCUGACCGCCUGUCUGCAGGGCCAGCAGGGCGUGGACGUGGACAAGAAGUCUGUCAGGUCACCCUCGAAAAAGCUUCCGCUCGCAACGCUAGCACAAUGUAUGGUGGAGGGGGCAGCUGUGCUCGGAGACGAGUCUCUGCUAGGAAAGAUGCUGAAGCUCUGCGGCGACACGCAGGAAAAGCUCGCUCAGGAGCUCAUCUUGUUCGAGCUCACCAUCGAGAGGGACGUGACCGAACCCUUGUACGAGCUCGCAGAGGUGGAAAUCCCAAAUAUCCAGAAACAAAGGAAACAUUUAGCGAAGCUGGUCCUGGACAUGGAUUCUGCACGCACACGGUACACUCAGUCUACCAAAUCUUCUGGACUGUCCAGCAACCUGCAGCCAACAGGAGCCAAGGCCGACCACCUCAGGGAAGAGAUGGAGGAGGCAGCCAACCGCAUGGAGAUCUGUCGAGAUCAGUUAUCAGCAGACAUGUACAGUUUUGUGGCCAAAGAAAUUGACUAUGCAAGCUACUUCCAGACACUGAUAGAAGUCCAGGCAGAGUACCACAGGAAGUCAUUAGAGCUGCUUCAGAGUGUUCUGCCUCAGAUCAAAGCUCAUCAGGAGACCUGGGUGGAGAAACCGUGUUACGGGAAGCCAUUAGAGGAGCACUUAGCGCUCAGCGGGAGAGAUAUUGCCUUUCCCAUCGAGGCCUGUGUGACCAUGCUGCUGGAGUGUGGCAUGCAGGAGGAGGGUUUGUUCAGAAUCGCUCCCUCGGCCUCCAAACUCAAAAAGCUGAAGGCGUCUCUGGACUGCGGGGUUUUAGACGUGCAAGAAUACUCCGCAGACCCACACGCCAUCGCAGGUGCUUUGAAGUCCUACCUGCGCGAGCUCCCUGAACCAUUAAUGACCUUUGAACUCUACAAUGACUGGAUCCAAGCCUCAAACAUUCAAGAUCAAGACAAGCGCCUGCAGGCUCUGUUCAAUGCGUGUGAGAAACUCCCUUCAGCCAACAACACCAACUUUAAGUAUUUAAUCAAAUUCCUGUCCAAACUGACUGAGUACCAGGAUGUGAACAAGAUGACGCCUGGAAACAUUGCUAUUGUCCUCGGACCCAACCUGCUGUGGACUCAGAAUGAUGGGAACAUCACGGAGAUGAUGACGACAGUUUCCCUACAGAUCGUCGGCAUCAUCGAGCCCAUCAUCCAGCACGCCGACUGGUUCUUCCCAGGAGAGAUCGAGUUCAAUGUCACAGGAAACUACGGCAGCCCCGUCCACACCAACCACAACGCCAACUACAGCUCGAUGCCGUCUCCAGAUAUGGAUCAGAUGGAUCGCAAGCAGAACGACCAGAGCCGGCGGCCGCUCAGCGUCGCCACAGACAACAUGAUGCUGGAGUUUUAUAAGAAGGACGGCAUUAGGAAGAUACAAAGCAUGGGUGUCAGGGUGAUGGACACUUCUUGGGUGUCGCGCAGGGGAUCGUCGUCUACGCGUAAAUCCUUGUCCACGCCACCGAGUGUGCACCCCCCCACCCCACCCAUUGACGCGCUCAUCCCCGAGCAGCCUGGGGAAUUCUCAGCCUCCCCCUCCCCCACCCCUCCUCCCACUAGCAGCGACCGAGCCAGUACUCUGAAGAACAAGGAGCUGUCUCCAGUGAUUGGACAGAAGGGGCUCCAGGGAGCAGUGACCUCUAGUGGACAGUCGCAGCUCUCUGACCACAGUCCGCACACCUUGAGGAGAGCAAAGAAACUGGCUCCGAUCCCGCCUAAAGGCCCUUACUGCCCAACGGGAGCCAUGUCCGACCAGUCCACAGGUCAACCGUCUCCAGUCAGCCUGUCUCCCACUCCUCCCAGCACCCCUUCCCCAUAUGGCUUCAGCUACCCGCAGGGAUAUGCCACCAUCAGCUCCCCGGGUCAGUUGCAGAUGAUCACCACCCCGUCUCUGUCCUCUCCGCCCUCGUUGGCUGGGACUCUCACCAAGGCCAGACCGACCCCCAAGCCGCCCCGGCAGAGACCCAGCCUGCCUCCUCCUCAGCCUCCAUCCACACCUGGCACUAGUCCCCAGCCUCUGGAGCACUCAUCUGGGCUCCUGGACGGCCUUUCUCCUGGGGAAAGCAUGUCCACUGAUUCCCUCUGCAACUUGGACAUCCCCGUCAUUAACAUGGAACUGGACAGUAUUUUUGACUUGACCCACAUCUCCCCCUUCAGGAACUCAGUGGCACAGCUGGAGUCGGCCAACAGCAAAGAGGACUCGGAGGAAGAGUCUGAGAGCACAGUGCUAUGACGCCACCGAGUUCCCCCACCCUCUCCGUCAAGCUACUGCUGUGCCGUCUCGAUCAUUCAUUGACCUUUCACCUCUCCAGCUGCAUUAACUUCGGCCUCAGCGGCCACCUCUGGACCUCCUCAUCACGCCUCACCUGUGCUCGAUCCAGAGGGGCCAGCGCGUACAAAAGAAAAAAGCACUUCUAUACAGUAAAACAAAAAAAUCUGGUGAACACACAUACACACGGUUUUGGCGACAGUGUUGUCAGGGGAAGAUUUGACAUUUUGCAUUGGCUGGAUGUUUGUUUUUUUAAUUUAACUUAAUGUUUUCUUUUUCUUUCUGCCUUAUUUGAUUCACUUGCAAUAUUGCCUUUAACCUCACUCACACGAGACUGGAAACAGGCUGCUGGGAGGAUGAGUGCUCUUUGCUGCUGCUGCUGCUUUUCAUGAGUGAAUUUCAGAACAAACUAACACAGUGCUGUAUAUCUGUCCUGUUAACUUCCUUCUCUCACCGUUCAUCUCCUCUUGGCUUGAAACGCCUCUGGCCCCGAAUUUCAGUCCCACUUGAGCGUUCACUGUGAGUGUGCCAGUGUGUCGUUUUGGAAAGCGCGCGCGUGUGUGUUUUGCUAGUGUGUGUGGCGUGUUAAGUGAAGUGGUAAUUGUAUUAUAUGAUGUUGCACUGUCGGUGUCGUGGAGCAAAAACAGGAAUGAAUGUUUUAGAUGUUUAGAAGUUAACUAAGCAGGUUGGGAAGCGGUUAAACGCCCAAUCACUCCUUUCUCUUUAUAACAAGGCAUUCAGUCAGGAUAUCAGUCACUGGAUAUUUAUUGUUUAUACUGUACAUUUUCAGAGUGUAUGAUACGAUUAACAAUCUAACCCAGAUCAUAUUUUGUAUCCACGGGAGAGCUAUAUAGUUGAUGCUGUCAGGGAGCUAUAAAGUAUAUGAGAUACAUGCUGUAGUUUAUGAAACGUCCACCAGUAUGAAAAAUGAAAAACUCAAUUGUGUUUACUCAGAAAUAUUUUUUUGGCAGGACGCAAAGCCGAAUGAGAUCUUUCAUUUUUCUUUGUCGAGUUAGGCGUCAUUUCAGUUUCAAGGAUGUACAAGUUUGUAACUGUGAAGCCUGGAGUGCAUAACCACAUCGUUUAUUUUUUAAAAAUAAAAUAAACUUCAUCCACAUAGCAGUAGCGGAGGCUCUGAAUGGCCAGCUCUGUGGGUGGGGUGCCCUGUGGGGUUUUCUUGUGUGUUUCCUUUGUCACGAGACAUUAGACAGACACCUAUUAAAUAUUAAACAUUUUGCAUUGUUUACUUGGCAGUUUGCUGGCAGGUAGUUGUCCUCUCUUUACUUUUGCUGGGCUCAUUGCUGUGCUGUUCCCACUAACUGUUGGUCAGCGCAUUAGCUCGAUAGCGAUUCGAUGCUUGUCCUCAAACACUAUGCUAAAUAAUUUGACAAACCUAAUUAAUUUAUAUUGUAUCACUUUUGGACCUGCUAUCCACCCAUCCAUUAUUUCUCUGCUGCCUACCUGGGUUCAGGCCAUGGUAGGCAGAGAUGCCCAGAUCUCCCAAUUUCCAGGUUUUCUGGUGGGAAACCGGGGACUUCUGCAGCCAGCCGAGAGCUCAAAUCUGAAUAGCGUCUGCUGGCUUUGGGCUAAGGUCGCCUCCCAGUAAGACAUGCCGACAACACUUCACUUAGGAGGCAUCAUAAUCAAACCACCUGAGUUGGCAGAUCUACUCUGAACUCCUAAAUGGUUAACCUCCUCAUCCUGACUCUGUAGAUUAAGGUCCCAGUCGCACAGGCCUAAAGACCUGUCAGUGAUCCCAUGGUACCCACCGGUCACUAGGGAAAAUUUGUAUUCCCCAACUGGUUGCCAAAUGGUUGCUAGAAAUUGCUGGCAGUCUCUAGGUGAAAUUGGUCAGAAAGCGGUAUACGGUAAUGCACCAAAGACCACCUUGUGAUUGCUUUGGUUGCUUGCAGAUUGCCACAGUUGCUGAGCAGUAAUGAAACUGUGGAAAGUGGGAUGCAAAGUGGAAAUGGAGAUCAUUCGCCUUAAAAACAGUUGAAGUAAAAAAGUUUCAUGUUUUGAAAGGUGUUGGAUGCAGUUGUAAGGCACGACUUUUACUUUGAUGGUGAACAGUCUUAGUUUCCUUUUCACAUAGGAAGUAGCAUGCGCUUCACUGCACUCUGAAACCCAAUUGCAUGCUUGUGCCAUGCAAUAAUAAUUUAGAUCAGAGGUUCUUGGUGCAACACCCUCUUUGUGGCCAAUUUCACCCGUCACUCACCUCCAACGAUUCGGCCAGUAUAACUUUUUCCUUAGCGAUCAGUGGUUGCUAGGCAGUCAUAUUUAGGCAUGUGUGAUUGCCGUACACCCUUAGCAAGCAAUUUCAUUCAAUUCAUCUGCUUUUCUUUAUACUUUUUCUCUUUUUAGCUCAGUUUUUGGUCUCCACCACUUGAUGAGAGAGACAUAUCUGGCUCUUUAGGUGCCCAACACUCCAUUAAAUGCACCGGCCAGCUGCUAACUUUGUGUUUCCUGUUAGCUUAGCAGAUGUUGUUUGAAACAACACUGAUGAAACCAGUAAGACUGACACAGAACGCAAACAGCAGGUGGAAAGAUGCUAAAAAACAAAGAUUUUAGAGAUUAUGAACCUGCUGUAUCACACUCCAGGAUUCAUACAGUGCAAACUUGUAUUGACAUAUUGAACCAUUCUUGGGAAAGAGCAAAAGCCCUGACACAUUUAACAUCCUAUCAUAUCGUAGCAAAGCCAGAAAACAGUCUAGAGACACUUUCAGAAAAAAGGUGCUUGGUCUCUUAUAAAUAAGCACAGUUUUUCUGUCAUUUUCAGCCACAUUCACAUUACAGUUUAUAGGAACCCUGCCUGAUGAUGCUGAUAUUUUUGGUCUAUUUUAGUGAACCAGAGGCAAGUGCAAAGAUAUGUGUGUAUAUGUGUUUAUUUUGAUGAGAGUAUUUAUACAGAUAUAUUUCUGAAUACUUUUUACUAGGUAUGAGGAGCUGUGGUCGUUUCCGCUGCACAUGAAUCUGAGGAAUUUUUUUUCAAGUAUUCAAACGUGGGACCAGAAUUGCUCUGCUGCCGCAUCAAAACCUUUUCAGGAAUCGCAGGUUCAGUUUAAGAGGAAACUUGAAAAUCAGUUAAACUGGAGUAACAAGGUUUGUGUACGACAGCAGUAGUUUGCUAUUUGCCUUGCGGUGGGUUUUUGUUGUGACCUAUCCAGAUUUAUACGACUUUCCUUUUGUCCUGAAAACAUCCACUACACAUGGCCUCAAAGUCACUGUGCUGCUCUACCUGUGUCUUUCUUUAAAGCGCGAUAUCACUCACAGGACUCUUGUAAAUACCGAAGCCUCUAUACAGUUUGUUCUGUAUAUACUGAAGGGAGAAAUUCAUAUAUAUAUAUAUAAAUAUAUAGAUAUAUACAAAUACUGUAUUGAAAAGGAUAAAUGAUGAUGAACAUCCAUACUAUAUGUAUAAUAUUAUAAUGUUGCUGGAACUAGCACAAGCCUAACAUGGUACAGCAGACUGAAAGGUCAAAUCUAGUGCUUGUUUUGCAGUUUCUGACCUCAGAAUGAACCUCUUGAACUUUUAGAUUAGAUUUUAGACAACAAAAAAACAACAACACAUCACUGCAGCUACGUGGAAAUUCAAGAUGUCUCGUGCAGCUUUGAGCACAUUUCCUGGUAUAUUUGAGAUUCGUGGAAAUGUGAUUGUGUGUUCUUUAGAAAUAAAAAUAAGUGUCUGUGGGGUGCUGCAAUUGCAGUGACACAUCGAUCACAGUUUGAAAGGUUUAAACAGACCCUGCAUGAAAACUGAGGUUGCAACAGAGGUUAUAUGUUUAAGAGAAAACAGACGUUAAACAACAGUUUGCAUAGAACAGAUUUUUUUACAAGCAGAAAAUUUUAAAUUGGUACAAAAAAGAAAUACCAGAGGUCAUCCAAACCAUCAAGAUGCUUCUUUUAUCUGACUAAAGCUUAAUUUAUAGUGCUGCAUUAACCUGUAGAGACCCUAUAUCCUCUGGCAUAGUCUGGCAUCCACCUUGCUGCUGUGGCAACGCAGCCUACAGUGGCGGUAAUAUGCUCAAAAAUGUAUAUUGAUUAUUACAAGGAUAAUGCCUCUGUGAACCAACGUGUAAUAGGCUCUAGUUGCAUUUAGUGUGCUCACAGUGCUAAUUCAUUACCCAGUGUUAAUGUAACAGUGAAAAACAACUCAUUUUGACAGUUAAUAGAAUUGAAUAUUGGGGAAAUGACUCCAUUCAUGUUUAUUUUCUUUUAUAUUACGACUGUAAUUCCAACAAGGACAUUUUAAACAGUUGGUUUUUACACAUCCAGUAGCUGCGGAGCCACAUUGCCAUUCAGCUGGGCAGGUGUUUCUGGCUCCUUUUUAUCUAUUUGCUCUCUAUUUACCUGUGUUUUCGCUUUCCACCACCUCCUCAGAGGAAUGUCUGGCUGUCAAGAUACUAAAUGCUCCACUGUGAUCUCAUAGUGACUGGUCCUGAGAUCUAGUCUGAACCAACGCUGAUGAGAGCAGUAAGAUUAAGCAACGCUGGGUCUGAUUUACCACCGUAAUCGUGUGGUGUGUUUCUCUCUUUCCCGUUGUUCUGCAUUUAUCAGCUCCAAGUCCAACACAGCAGAGCACUGCAGACACAACAGCGCACAAGUAUGAUUGUAAAACCACGCCACUCAUUAUGGCGUGGGAGUCACUAAAGGACCAUGAUAGGAAAGAGAAAUCACACGAGGAUCCAGACAUUUUUAAUUUGUAGUUUUAAUUAAUAAUGUAUCACUCAUAUAGCCUCCUCACUUUGUGGACAUAAAGCCGUCAACAUUUCAUGAGACGUAGAUUGAUCAUGAUCUUUGAUCGUGUUGUUUCCCUGUACCAUAGCCGAGCCUUUCUGGAUGCACAUAACAGUGAAUGAAGCAGCUCUAUUACUACGAGACCGAGCCCUUUCUUGCUUUCCUCGUUGGCUAGCUUGUUAGCUUGCAGGUGCUGUGGAUGUCUGCCUGUCUAUGUCAUUUUGAUGGGACGCUUGUUGCUGUGCAGACCACAAAGAACACUGGCCAGGCCGAACAUUAAGAACUUGUUUAAAUGUGUGGCCUGGAUUUAAAAUUUUCAGGGCCUUGAUUUUUUUUUUUUUAGCAUAGGCAGAUUCAGCACAGGACUAUAAAUUAAGCUUCCUCCAAAAACUGUAGAAAAAGAAAGCUUUCUAUCACUUAGCACCAAGAAAAGUUGUCAAAUCUGAGCAGAUUUCUCUGUUAUGUUUGGAAAAUCCAUUUAAUUACUGAUAAAAGCAGUUUCAGAUUAUUUCCUGGUACUCAAAUGAUCUUUGAAUCUACCAACUUCUUAUUUUUUGCCAUAAAAGAAAUGCUGAUUUUGAAUCAACGCAGCAUGGUUUUACAAUAUAAAUUUAAUAUUUAGAAAAAAGUUUCUUUUUCAAAUUUGCUGUUGCAGUUAGGCUGUGCUGAGGUGAAUGGUCUGUCCUGUCUUUGUUUCUGUGUUACAAUGUGCUGCUCUUCGUUUUUGUACUAAAGGGUCUCAGAUCAAAGCCUGUACAUACAGAACACGUCAAACACGACUUUAUUAACAAUAACCCAGUCGAGCAAAGACAGCCGGCAAGAAAUUCCAGAGACAGUUUUCAGUAUUGCAGCUUUUGCAAGCAUGCCCUUUGAGCACUAAACUUCAAAGGCCUUUUUUUACAUCGGUGGAAUGUACUGAUAGACAAUGUCCACCACAUAGGUUGUGAUAAAGGCGGAUUGUGUGUGUUGUGACAUAGUUUCAAGAGUAAGAGUGUGCAGGGGUAUCAAAUAUCGACAUUGUGCUGUGUGGAAGUCGGAAGCAUGCUUUUUAACCAUGCCUAUGAAAUGCGUCUCAUCUUUGGUCCUAUUUAAAUGUGCUUGUAUUUAUUUUUUAUAAGUGAAUAGAUCGACCUUUGCAAGAAAAGAAGAAAAUUCAGUGCUGCCCUUUGACCUUUUUGAGUCAAGCUCCCCCGUCAGUUCUGCUAAGAGUUUAUUUAAAUCAUUCAUGAUUUUCUGUUUGCUUUCACCACGUAUCCUCAUAUGUUCCACCGGUUUUAUCUAUAGCAAAUCAAGAAAAGCACAUCAGACUCCAAACAGACCAACAACGAAACAACAUGGAGGAUAAGACAGAAUAAUUCACUUUCAGAGGACUGAACAUCUGCUAAAAUCAACUACAAAUGAGAAAAAAACUGUGACGUGUAGGGUCACGUGGACCCGCGCAGUCUGUAGAUUACACUGUGGUGCAUGCAGCCAUCUCCAUUCAUCCUUUUCUUUGCAUAACUUUAAGUUCCAAGUAACGGGGGCCAAAACAAAAAGGGAAAACGUGAUCGAUCAAGGAAUCUUUUUUUUAAAAAGUUCUUUGUGUCAAACUGUAGUGAUGCUGUGGACUCUUUAAAGUUUGGAGUACAGAUGAAAUGCCUUUUCUUGGACUUGCUUUCUCUCAGUCACCAAGUGGAACACAGUGUAAGAUAAAAUGAGAAAAAAAUUAAAUUAAUCCUCAUCCGAAUGU